GGUAAGUAACAGUAGGUCAAAUCUAUUAUCCGUCCAUGUUUGUUUUGAUAAAAUCGGCUGCUACAAUCAUAUCCAAGAAGAGGAUGUACGCCGGAUAUUAAACUUGAAAAGUCGCAAGCGGGAGCAUACAAUGUAAACGGCUUCGUCCAAAUAACGACACAGAGCUUUGUUAUACAGAACAAUCCAUUAUUCGCUGCUGACCUAAUCACGAACUACACGUGAAUCUGGAAGAAGCGAACAUCGCGAUAGAUCAAGUAACUCGGAAGCACUUUCACUAGUUUCUUUAUCUGCUUGGAUCGUCCCCAAAUGCCUCUAAUUGAUAGUCUAUUAUUAUACAAUGGAUCCAAACGAGGCCCUUCUUCAAAUGAUAAGAGAGGGCAAUGGGUGCCCAGAAUCAUUUCAUAAGCUUUUAAACCAGGAAGGAAUUUCCGUUAAUUACAGUAAUCCAGGAAAUUUUGAGACGCCACUGCACUUAGCUGCAAUCCGUGGUAAUGACACUGCCAUCAAGGUGUUGCUUAUGCAUGGUGCAUGCAUCAACGCUAGAUCUGCAGAUAUGAUGACACCCUUGCAUGAAGCAAGUCUUGCAGGGCAUGUUAGAUGUGUGGAGAUACUUAUUGGUGCUGGAGCUGAUGUUAACAUUUGCAACAUUGAUGGAAGUACGCCACUUUGCUUUGCAAGUUGUAGGGGUUGUCUCAAAACAGUGCAAUUGCUUCUUAACAUGGGAGCUGAUGUGAAUUCAGAGUUGUCUACGGCUUUUCCACCACUGCAUGAGGCAGUGCUACAAGGUCAUGCGCACUGUGUAGACCUCUUAGUGAGGUAUGGGGCCGGAGUAGAUAAAUGUGAGAAUCAGUAUGGAACUGUUUUACAUAUUGCAUGUUUGAAGAAUUAUUGCAGAUGCACAAGGAUCUUGUUACUAGCCGGGGCAAACCCAAAUACCAUCCGCCAUCAUCUGUCGCCAUUGCAUCUUGCUGCCAAGCAUGGUUGCAAAAUGUGUAUCACUUUGCUGGUGAAAUUUGGGGCUGAUCUACACAAAAGAGAUGUUGAGGGGAGAAGAGCUGUGGAUAUCACUACUGAUGAAACUUGCAAAGCAUUUCUUCUAAAUGCAAUGGAAAUUCCAUGGACAUUGCUUCACUGUAGCAGGAUUGCAGCAUGGAGAGCUAUGAUUCCUCAGUACCACAGAAAAAUCAAUGAACUUCCCAUCCCAAGAAUAUUGAAAAACUACCUAAACUUCAGUGAAUUUGAUUCAUUAUAAGAAACCAAGUAAUUAUCCCAAGUCAAUUAUAAAAUAAUAAAUAAUUAUAAAAUAAUUGAUAGUUAAAAAAUUAUCUAAACUUCAGUGAAUUUGAUUCACUGACUCACUUUGAUCCCAAGUCAAUGAUAAAUAAUAAUAAUUAUAAAUUAUUAUUUAUUAUUAUUUUUUAGGCCUUAACACAUCACUAUUCUGGUCUUUACAGCCUCGCAUCCCUCAGGUUUUUUCAAGCCACUAAGUGCUGUGUCACUGCCAUUGGACCCACUCAAGCUCAUAGCUUUCAACCCAACUUGAAAUGAAAUCUCUUCUUGUACAACAAACAUAUUUUCUCUUUUUUAUUGCCAUCAUCACAUCAUUUGUACAUAUAACUAUAUAAUUAGACUAUUUACAGUAUAAAUUUAACUAACAGUAGAUUUAGCCAGAUAAUCAUCACACCCAAGUAGUUGAGAACUGAGAAUGAACACCUGAGAAGAAUCGAACAGUGGUAUUUGACUUAGAGACAAAAAAUGUCAAAUACUAGUGUUUUGUUAAUUAAGGCCAAGACAGCCUUUUUUUUAGUAGUGCCAGCUGUUACAAAGUAUUUUGCUGUAACAUUUACUCAAUGUGGGCUAAGAAUUUGGUAUCUCUAGCCUUUAACAAGAUAUGCAGCCAAUCUGACUCGGGGAAUAACUGUCUUACAAUGUUCCAUGUUGUACAUAAAUUAUAUGGACAUUAACUAUCUUGUAAUUAAAAACAGACACUGUUUUAUCACAGUUGCCUGCAUUUAACAGAUCCUACUUAUUUGAAUAUUUUCACAAACUAAGCUAGUAGUCCAUAUUCCUAUUCAUGUAUCAUAACAGUCUAUAUGGUUUGCUGUUAUGGAGGGAAUUGAAGAAAGGGUAGCAUUACGUCAUGUGCUUCAAUGACCCCUCCUUCCCUAAUAAAUUGCCACUUAUUCUCAAAA